GUUGGAACAGUUCAUUACACGGCUUUAGGUGCUGCAGCAAAUCGCCAAAUCAUGCAAUACACAGCUGCAAUUAUACAAAUCGACAGUUCGCUUGAAAAACUCCAUUCUUCAAAUUCUUCUCAAAUGUCACAACAGACCUUUUGGGAUAAUCACCGAUGAAAUGAAAAUACUUUUUUCAAUUGACAUAACAGUGGCCACAGGGGGGUAUUUAUUAUUUUCAAGGGAAACAAGUCUGUACAGAAACUGAUAUCCAGUUUGCUAUAUUGCUGUUUUCGCAGUUGUAACCAUUCCGAUAGAUAUAGGCAGUGUCAUCAAAUGUCAGGUUCAAAAGCUGGCAAAGGUGAUGAUGGUAUUACAAGUAAAAGGAGACGGAAUCUUCCCUCAUGGAUGGGGUCAAGGCAAGACACGAGUACUACUGAUGGAAGUGAAACGCACUCCAAUUCGGACUCCUCAAACUUCUCAAAACUCAUGGAAGGUGUUGUGUUCGUGUUAUCCGGCAUUGUUAACCCUGAGCGUGGCACACUGAGGUCUCAAGCCUUGGAAAUGGGAGCUGAAUAUCAACCAGAUUGGAAUUCGAAUUGCACCCUUCUGGUUUGUGCAUUUCCAAACACUCCAAAGUUCCGGCAAGUUGCGGCAGAUCUUGGGACCAUUGUUUCAAAGGAUUGGAUAGCAGAAUGUUAUAAACAACGACAACUCAUUGAUAUCGAGCCUUACCUUAUGCAUGCUGGUAAACCAUGGAGGAUGCUAAGUGUUUGCAAAGAUAAAAGGUCACUGCACUCAAGAGAAUCUCAAGAAAAAGCAGAAAACUCACGCUCAGACUUGACUUCCCGCACACCAUCUAAGGGUAUGCACCCCAACAGUUUCAAAGAAUUUUUCACUUCUUCUGAAGUGAAACAAUGGGCCACUGAAGAUCUUCAGAGUACUGUUUCAUGGCUAGAAAGUCAAGAUGAGAAGCCAGAGCCAACUGAAAUUAAGAAAAUAGCUGCGGAAGGGAUCUUAACCUGUUUACAGGAUACCAUAGAUUCUCUAAAGCAUGGGAAGGAUGUAAAGCAAAUAAUGGAGCAAUGGGCAUGCAUCCCGCACGCAGUUGAGGAGCUGUUGAAAGUUCAAGGCAAUGAUGUAACUAGGGUAUGGAAGCAAGCUGAACUCUGUAAACAAAUUUAUGAGCUAGAAUUUAGUAGCAUAGAUCAGACACAACUCAACACAACAAAUUCUGAUAGUGAUGAGGCAACAAUCGAGAUGACAGAAGAGGAAAUUGACCAGGCUUAUGAUUCUGUGUGUUCUACCAUUGCAAAGUUUUAGUCUGCUCAUCCAUCUUUUGCUUUGUGAUGAAUUUUGAUGGAACUGUUGCUUUCUGCCAUCUAUAUUGUGACCGGCUAUGUUGAAUGAACUAGGUUUUUAACCCACACAAAAUUUAUAUUAUAUAUAGUCCGUAGUCCGUACUAAACUUAAUUACUGUAUUUAUGAAUGUGUGUGUGACACUAACUAUAUGUAAUGCGUGUGUUAAGUGGAUGACCUUGGGAGGCAUGGGGGGCAAGUGCCCUGCUUCCGGUCCCGAAAAUUAGUUUUAGACUUUAGUACUUAGGUCGUAAAAUUAUGCCACUCUUUUUGGUCCGCUUGAAUAA